AAGCCUUUCUGGAACGACCGACCAAUGUUUGAAGCUCCGUUCAUCUUGGGCUAAAACUGCCUUGAGCAUGAUGGGACGUACUGAAACGAAAAGCAAACAUUCUGGCAUCUACAUUAGCGACUACUACGACCCGCAGUACCAUUUCGCCCAUCUCACUACUCUGAAUGUCCAGAAGAGUGGGCAUAGCAUUCUUCCACAAACGGUAUAUUUCGGAGUCAAGAGUUCAGCAGGAGGUUACGCUUCCAAGUAUCUCUCUAUCUUUGUUCGAUUGGAAGGCCUCGGGAAAUCCAUUUCCUCGCGAAUCAUGUCCAUGAUCACUGGUGUCAUUGAUUUUGAUGAAAUCAAGGAUAUUUUUAAUAAAAUUGGGGUUCAAGAACGUCAAGCUGAUCCACUCCGAAUUGAAAUUUGUGUAAUGCUUCACGAUCGAUUUGUCGCUUAUCACGCUGCUGAUGAGAAAACUAUUACCACAAUCCCACAAUUAAUGAAGAAACUUGGAGAACUCAGUAAUGCUGCUUACGAUAAGGAAUUCUCCAAGAUGAUUCUACUCGGUGGGGUCAUGACCGAACAACCAAAUGAGCUUGGCAUUCCAGUUUCAACUAUUUCUGGGGUUUCCACUAUGGCCAAACUUCACGCUAAGGUUAAAUCCGACAAAUCGGGAACAACAAUGAAUCGCAGCUACGAAGUUCAUCUUGGUCUAAAUGUUCAUGGAAUCAGCUCAGUCAAUAAUCACAUGGCACCCUUCGGUACUGCACAUUCCGUUGAGGCCUUGAGAACCUUAAGGAUCCGUAUCCCACGCAAGAUCACAUUCGGGCUUGAUGUCAAGCAACAAUCCAUCAACUUUGCUAUUUCUGCUCCUACUGAAGAUGAUCCAAUUAUGGCUCAAGUUCAUGCAACUGCAGUCACUUCGAUUCACUCUGAUACCCCGGCUACAAUGAAUGACAACAAAAUUGUCGACCUUCUUCAUGAAAGUUGUCCAUUGUGCAAGGGAAUGGAAGUCAUUUCCAAGGGGGAGAAAUUCCGUGAGGAAAGGAGAUUAGGAUCAGGAUACAAAUACAAAGCUUUGGAAGGAGUUAACAUUGGUGGCAAGUAUUUCGACUGCGAGAAGGUGCAUUCCAGGAUUCAUGUUCUUCGACAGUUGAGGAAAUUUUAUGGACCCGAGUUCAAGAAUCUUGGCGGCCGAGCUGGACAAUCACUUACACUUUUACGUGUAGGAACUAGAUACAUGAUGUCCAGUUUAUUUUUGUCCCCAACUACAGAGACAUGUGGAAUGAAAUUUUGGUAUCAUAAAGAUCUAUCUGCCACAUCCGUCUUCGACAAGGUUGAAGGUCAAGCUAAGGUCAAAUAUGAGGAAGAUCCCAAGGACAAGCUCGGAAACAAGCUUAUGGCAAAGUCCUCCCUUACCUUCACGUACACGGGAACCACCCCCAAGACCCGAUCCCUCGACAUGACCCUUACCCUAGUUAAGACUGGUUUGGAGAAGAUUGAAGUCAAGACCAAGUUGGCUGCCAAGGAUGAUGCCCUCAACAAGGGUGGAGUCGUUUGCAUUGACAUCGCCGCUACUCAAGCCAAGGUUUCCGAUUUCUUUGACUACAAUGGCGAGAAUGAACCAACCUACGAGCGAACCAUUAAUGUCGCCUGGUCCAAGGACAUUUCUUCCAAGGAUGCUAGCUGCCCCGCAAACUCUGCUGGAAUCAAGAUCACCAAAAAAGCUCACCGUUCUCAAGCUCAAAAGGAUGAAGCUCAAAGUGACGCCUGGCCAUACAAGCAAUGCCGUGAUCAAAAGAGCUCCCCCAAGUACCCUGGAGACCUUACCCCAGCCACUGAACCCUGCCUGUGGGCGGCUUACAAACAGACCAACCUUCGUGAAUCCAACGUCACCAUCAACUACAAGGUUGACCCAGAAGCAAGAAACCGAUGGAAGUACCCUGGAGCACUUGUUGCUGCUGCCCUUAUGCCAUACUGGGUUCCCUCUGACACUGUCGAUGGUCAUGCCGCUCAUGGUGAUCAUGGAGUUUCUGCUGACGGACACCUUCAAGGCGAACUCAAGCUUGAUGUGACCAUGGAUGAUGAGAAUCCAGAGGCUGACAUCCACUGGCACGGAUCUGGUGGCGAGUCUGAACAUUUCCACGGGGUCGACCUCAACUUCCUCCCAGGACCACUUAAGCGCCCAGUUCACUCCCGAUUCUCUGGAUUGAUGUAUAAGGCUUUCGAAUUGGGAGUUUACGGUUAUUGUGAUGUUACUCCUCACGCCGUCCAAACUUACGACAACGCUACCUACUUUGCCGAUCUCUCCGAAUGCUACACCCUCGUCUCUGGAGACUGCUCUGAUAAGCCACGAUUCGUCGUUCUUGGAAAGAAAAUCUCCAAUGACAAGCUUGGCCUUAAGAUUAUGGCUGGUGAGCACAAGGUUGAACUCAACGACAUGAACAAUGUCAUUGUUGACGGAAAAUCUCAAUCCCUUUCCGACAAGCUCAUUUUCCCCGAAGGAGAUACCAAGAUCUUCAAGAUCUACAAGCACGAUGACAACAAUGUGUUCCUCUUGUCCAGACCAUUGGGACUUGCCAUCCGAUACACCGGUCAUUACACAACGGUCACGAUCGGAAGCCGUUUCCGAGCCCAACAGUGUGGUCUUUGCGGCAACUUUGACGGAUGCCAAAAGAAUGACUUCACUGGUCCAGCCACGACCUGCAAGAAUUUGCAACCAACUGACAUGACCAAAGCCUACAUUGUCCGCGAAGGAAGUUGCGCUGGUGUCGGAAGCGUUUGCCCCAGCAGUUAAAUUAAUCUGCCGACAACAACAGCAUCAUGUAUUAUUACUUGUACCAAUUUAACUACCCAAAAAACUUGUCUAAAUUUUUAACAGCUUAAUAAAUCGGAGCGAGACAAGGACUCCCCUUCAGAAUAUAUUGUUCUGGUUAAAAAAAUA